AAAAGUAUACCUAAAUCAGUGUAAUCGUCGACAAAAUGUCACUAAAUUUUUGUCUUCGUGUUUAAAUACCAAAAUAAAUUAAUCGACAAAGUAGCUAUAAACUAUGACUCGAGGGAAAUCCUUCCGCAUAUCAUGCAAAUUACAGAUAUCGCAUAGCAGUAAGGGAGGAAGAUGGAUACAGAUGUCGGUAAUGACGUGGUAACCGCUCUUAGGAGUGAUCUGGCAGGACUGCAGUACAAACGAGACAAAUUAUUAUCAGAAAAUAGUGAUUUAAAGAACCAAAUGUUGUCAAGAGACCAAAGGAUUUUGGAGCAGCAAGUUGAAAUCGAUCACCUUCGUGAGCAAAAUGCUCGCCAAAAUGCUAUCAUAUCGUCUCUCAAGAAGAAAAUUCAGGACCUGGAAGAGUCACAACGUAACUUACAAGCUUCACAGGGCAGAAGCGAGCUCACAGUACAAACGUUACAAAGAGACAAUCGAUACUGCGAAGAGAAAAUAAAAGACUUAGAGAAGAAGAUACGAUCGCUAGAAUUAGAGUGUCACAAUGAAGAACAACAGAAAGAAAACGCACGUUGCCAAUUCCAUGACUUAGUGCGUCGUUUAUCAGUAGCCUUGGAGUCAGACUUUUGUGACACUACCCACACACAUUCACCAGAAAGUUUGAUAAUAAAAGCAGCUGAGCUUGUCCAAGAGAUAACGAGACUUAAAAAUAAAUGUAUGAACACAACUGAAAACAUGUCUACUAUAGAACAAGAUUUGAGAAGUUGCAGAGACAGCUUGGAAAGAGCAAAUGCGGAUAAAGAUAUAUUGCAAAGGCAACUUUCUUCUCAUUUACUCGAAAUUGAAAGAGUUAAACAAGAGAAAGAGUCACUUGCGGUUCAGAAUAGAGUUAUAGAAAGAGAACUUCACGAAGCGCGUGAGAAGAUAUCGCAUUGUACAAAAAAUUUAAAUGUUGUAACUGAUAAUGUUAAUCAAAAUGAGUCAUUAAUCAUACAACUGAAAGAGGACCUAAGACAUCGUGACGAAAAAUAUCAAAAAUUGCAAAGUGAAUUUCGUAAUACAAUGGAAUCAAUUGCCAUUCUAUUGAGUUUACCGACGCGUUUUGUGGAAGCUCACGAAAGCACAAUCAAAGAUAGAAUUCGUGAAAUAUUGGGUGAAAAUAAAGACAAGUCUUUGCAACUAGAAGCAUUGCGUGACAAGCUUGGAAUGGAAUCACAGCAGUUAAGCAGAAGCGCCCACUUGCAUGAACAAGCCAACACCCGGGUUCGAAUCCUAGAAGACGAAAGGAACAUGUUGGAAACGAAGGUUCACAAGUUGGAGUCAGAAUUGAACGCAAUGGAAAUUACUAAGGAUGGACUUCGUAAGGACAAAGCUAACUUUGUAGCAUUCCUUGAGCGCUUGAGCAGGACGCUAAAUAUGGAUGAGUUGACCCAGGAUGUGGGCAUAGAGUUGCACACUGAAUCGAUUAUCCAUCGCGCCGAGCAACUGUCGAGACUCGAGAGCGAUAAAAUCGUCGACAAGACUGCAGUGGUAUAUCAAUUGCAACGACGUAUACGAAUAUUGAGGGAACAGCUGCAAAGAAAAGAUUUACAUUUGGAUCUAUUGAGACGCAAAUUAAGUGUUCAGGAGGAGAGUUCCCGUGUUCGCGCUGUUUUACAAGCUGAACGUGAUGAGGCGGCGUGUCGGGGCAAGAAGAUGGCGCGUCAGUGUGACCGUCUCGCCGCGCAGCUUGCGGAUGCGCGAGCGCAGCUGCGGGACCUCAACGCGCAGCUGGCGGACGCCGCAGAGUACAAAAUAUCAUCUCUAGAAAGAGCACGGAAAAUAGAAGAUUUGGAAAAGAAAUUAGAAGAGGCAGAUAUAUUGAGAACUCGUUAUAAUCGCAAAGUUAACAUUUUGAAAGAACAAAUUCGUACCACAGGCGAGACAUACGAACAGGAAAGAAAUACAACUGAACAUCAAAUCAGUUUACUAAGAGACGACUUGGCCAGAACUAAAGAGGCACUUGCGGAAUGCCAGAGAAGAGAAGCACAAUUGACAAGCUUCAGGAAUUCCAUCGCCAAGCUCCUCGGCAUCCUAGUACCGUCAUCCGUAUCGGACUUUGAAAUGGUAUCCCGACUUCAGAAGUUGAUUGACGCUCACCAUGACUUCACUGUGGUGUCUCGUCGGUAUGACGACCCCGCUUUGCUGCGCGCUGCCUCCCGCUCUCCGCCGCCAUCAAGAUGCAGGACAAGAACUCCUGACAGGUCUCUCCGCUACGACGACUCGGGGUACGCAGACCCAGGCUUCGACUUGGAGGAUGAGGUGUACAAGCGAUCGGGCUUGUGACCCGCGCGCCGGCGUGCACGCUUUUAGCCGCCGAUCAUGACCUUCACUUGACAUUGCAGUCUUUUAAAUUAGGUCAACAUAUUAAAAAAAAAGACAUAAAAAUGUGCACAACAUUUAUUAUUAAG